GUUCAAACAGACGCUGCCCUUUGCAGAACAACACAGGAGAACCUGAGGAACUAUGGGUUUAUUUCUACUUAUGUUUACAAUGAGAACUUCAAGACCUCUAAGGUAAGGGGUUCUCUGGUCAAAUCUCUGAGGAUCCUGGCGGAGUGACAGUCUUUAGUCAACCCUAGUCUUUUUAUUCGCCCCAUUCGUCUGGUUGAAGUCAUGGCUCUCACUUUGUGGCAGUACCAGUUUCGAAUAAUCAUGUUAGGAGACUCCACAGUGGGCAAAUCAUCCUUGUUGAAGCGUUACACAGAAGAUCUGUUUCUGGAGUGCAUCAACCAAACAGUCGGAGUGGACUUCUAUGUACACUUCCUAGAGGUGGAACCUGGGGUGAGGGUUAAACUUCAGUUCUGGGAUACAGCUGGUCAAGAGAGGUUUAGGUCUGUGACUCGCUCCUACUACCGUAACUCAAUCGGAGGUCUUCUGGUGUUCGAUCUGGGCAACCGCAAAUCUUUCGAAAAAGUGCAGCAGUGGUAUGCAGAGGUGUGCGAACGUGUACAACCCUACACUGUGCUCUUUGUGCUGGUGGGACACAAAAGUGACCAGGUCAAAGCUGGGGAGCGAGCCGUGGACCGAACUGAGGCAGAAAAGCUUGCAAGCCAAUUGGGAGCACCGUACAUCGAGGCCUCAGCCAAAACAGGUCACAAUGUGAAAGAGGCCUUUGAACUCUUGACCCAGCGGGUUUAUCAGGGCUUAAAAUGUGGAGAGAUCCAGUUGCGUGAUGGGUGGGAUGGAGUCAAGAGCUCAGCACUUACAGCCCAAACACUCGAGAGGAAACAAAACAAUGAAGCCGCUGAGAAAAACAAGAGCUGUGCUUGUUAACUUACAAUAUGUGGUUCUCGCAACCUUUGAGUGCAGAUCAUCAAAUAGGACGGAUCGGUCUGACGUUGCCAAAUAUACAUAAAAGCAAAUGUCAAGGUCUUUCAGAUUGUAGGUAUGAAAUUUGAUCAUCAGCCGGAACUUUCAUAACAGCAUGGAUAAUUUGUGCUUAUCUGCAAGUUUUCAGCAUUUGCAAACCACACUGAAACUCUUGUUUAAUGGCAUAUACAUACAUGUGUACAUUUGAUUUCCAGUUGUUUGUUCAAAUUUCUGGACUCAACUUUGGAUAAAGGUGUCUUUAGUAGUGUGGCAACAAUGUUACGGCAUCAGUUGAAUAUUUUAACUGCUAUUCAUCCAAUUACGUUCAUUGCCAUGCAUUUGGCCACAUAUUUCCAUAAACAUGGUUGUAUAUUUGCUGAUACAGAAAGGGCUGCCUGAAAUUUAUAGCUCUGCCUGUAAUUCAUAAUUGCACGUGAUUCUGGAGGUAUGAAAGAUGUAGAAGUAAUUAACUAAAAUAUUACAUUUACACACAAUGGGAGUUUAGAUAUUCAUUUGCCACAGUCUAGACACAAUGCCGAAAUAGUUUGUUAAUUGUUAUUUCUGAAAUUAUGUCCAACACAACCCGAGUGAGAAUUUCAGUGAGAAUAAAUCACAAUAAGUCUUUUUUAUUCAUGAAAAACAAGAGACUUGAGUUGAAUUACUGAAAUAAAUGAACUUUUCCACAACAUUCAAAUUUAUUGAGAUGCACCUGAACAUGGAUGCAUUGCUGAAACAGUUUAUGUUAGUUGUAAUUUAUGAAAUGAUGUCCCACAAAAGCUGAGUGAGUUCAGUCUGAAUAAAUCACAAUUAGUUGUUUUUUAUUCAUGAAAAACAAGAGACUGUAAAACACUGUGAUACAUGGCAAAAAAAAAAAGUUUAUACUCCGUUUAACUCCACAGAAAUGUUCAAAUCUGCCCACAAACCCACAGCAGAAGGGGUUUAUGCACCAUUUCCUAUACAUCACACAUAUAUCACUCUCUAACCAAUUAGCCAAUCUGCAUUAUGUCACUAGUUCCAAUGCAAUUAAUUAAAUAGGGAAGUGGUAUUUAUUUCUCUGGUAAAAGUGACUGCUUACCUUUAGAAAGUCACACACUAAAGAUUUCCUCUAUAGUACUAAAUAUUACUUAAGUGAUGAGUUCUAUAACACCGAACACUAUGAACAAAUCAGACACAUGGUGAUUGUAAUUGUGCAUAGCUAUUAAUGCUAGCUGAGCAAAAGUUGUGUGACUGCAUGACGGGUCAGCUAUACAUGAAAUAUGAAUGAAAAUGUGGUUUGUGGGAGAAACAAUAAACAAUUGAUGUUUUUCACAGGAGUCUGUGAGAUUCUAUAAUAUAAUAAA